AUGAUGUGGGAUUUUCAUUGUUUUCAGUCACAAGACAGUCUUACAAGCGCGUUUCGCAGUGUCACUAUUGCUGCCAAGGCGGCAAAAACGCCUCCGUUAGCAACGGGAAGCAGCUGGGAGGUUAAAUACGGCCACCGACAGCCAUCUUCUACCUUGGCUCCCGUAACCCCCUCUUCCAACUCGAAGGCAGCACUUCGUUAUUCCAUCGACCGCCUGCUCGCAGUCUCCCCCCCGCCCGCGCCGGCGCCAGCACCCCCACCGCCGCCGCCGCCGUCGUCGCCGCCACCAGAUCAGUCAGCCUCCCCGGCCUCCUCCAGUAGUCCAGCGACCCUUUGGAAUGUCUCCCCCCUGACGGAUCCCCUGUCUCGGUCCGCCUUCGAGGAGAUUCCACCAGCUCCCUGUCAAGGCCCACCGCCGCCGCCACCGCCGCCGCUGCCACCACAACCACCACCAUUUAUGCCCAGCGGCGGUGUCAUGGCCGGGGUCUGCGAGUUCUGGUUUCACCAUUUCCUCAAUAUGCACUCAGCCAACUUCGUGCCAACGCCUGGAGUCCGUCUUCCAGUUCUUCAUCCACCACCAGCACCUCCUCCCCCUCCCCCGCUCCCACACCCGUCCAUCCUUUCCGCCGAACGAACCUCCCCCUCGUCUGCCGCCGCAAUCGAGGCGGAUGCUGACUGCGCAAAAGACGGAAGACGACUCGUAGCCCCCUCUCAGUUCCGCUCUCGACGUGCGGAAUGGAGAAGGCCGGUGAGUCCCAUUGCCGACAAGGGUAGACCGAGGAAUUUCCCCGGCUACGACAAACUCCCCAGCGUUGAGACCGCUUGGUUGAGUGACUCCAUCCUCUCGGGAGGUGGAUCAGGAGGCUUUUCCAUAGAGGAGACGGUCAGGGCGAAUAGGCUAUCGCAUCACUCUCGAGGCUACCGAACACUGCCCUUCCCGCUGGCCAAGAAAAACGGUCGGAUGCACUACGAAUGCAAUAUCUGUCAAAAGACGUUCGGCCAGUUGUCGAACCUCAAGGUGCACCUACGCACCCACACUGGGGAGCGACCCUUCAUUUGCACAGUCUGCUCCAAGGGUUUCACUCAGCUAGCGCAUCUUCAGAAGCACCAUCUGGUACACACUGGCGAGAAGCCGCAUCAGUGCGCUGUCUGCCACAAGCGUUUCAGCAGCACCAGCAACCUGAAAACACAUCUGCGUCUGCACAGCGGUGAGAAACCCUUCAACUGUAAGCUCUGUCCGGCGAAAUUCACGCAAUUUGUCCAUCUGAAGUUGCACAGACGCCUGCACGUCAACGAAAGGCCCUUUUCCUGCCCCAAAUGCCGACGCAAGUACGUCAGCCAGAAUGGACUGCGGAUGCACUGGCGUACUGCCGGGUGCUACGCGAGCACCGAGUUGCCGACGGGUGCCUGGAAUGACUCGGAUUUGCUUGAGUUGGACGGUAUACGGUGCUCAGGCCUCUUAGAGCGAGAUCCCGAGGCGGCGAAGGCCUCCUUGGAUCGGCAGUUUGCCUUCUACUGA